UCUCAGAAAACGGCAGAUCUGAUAGGAAAUUCCUCUGACUACCUCUCUCUCGCUCUCUCUCUCUCUCUCUCCCCUCCUCUGUCUUUCUCUUACUCUUUCCCUCUCCUUUCUUUUCUCUCUGGAUCUCACAAAUUCGUUUCAUAUGGUUGCUUUAGAUCUGCUUGCGUGAUAAUACCUGCCAUUGAUUAAGAAGCUGCGUCAUUCUACAGGAUUCGUCUCUGUUUCACAUUUUUCUCUGGAGGACUACUUAGCUGUAUUCUGAGGGUGGAAGUGGGAGUAAUCGAAUUUCUCGGGUUUUUCCGUAUAGGUUUUCGAUUUGGUUAUAACAAGGUUUAGAAGAGAAAAAUGGAGAAAUCUUGUACUUUGCUUGUUCACUUCGACAAAGGAACUCCUUCUCUUGCGAAUGAGAUAAAGAGUGCUCUUGAAGAUGGUGAUGUUCCGGCUAAGAUCGACGCGAUGAAGAAAGCUAUCAUGCUUCUGUUAAAUGGCGAAACGUUACCUCAUCUUUUCAUAACAAUUCUACGAUAUGUGUUGCCCUGUGACGAUCACACGAUCCAAAAGCUUUUGCUUCUCUACCUGGAGAUCCUUGACAAGACGGAUGCUAAAGGAAAGGUCCUCCCAGAAAUGAUAUUGAUCUGCCAAAACUUGAGGAAUAAUCUUCAGUCCCCGAAUGAAUACAUUCGCGGUGUUACUCUCAGAUUUCUUUGCCGUUUGAAUGAGACUGAGAUUAUUGAGCCUUUGAUCCCAUCAGUUUUGUCUAACUUGGAACAUAGACACCCUUUCAUUAGGAGGAAUGCAAUUCUUGCAGUGAUGUCCAUUUACAAGCUUCCACAAGGAGAUCAGCUUCUGGUUGAUGCUCCUGAGAUGAUUGAGAAGGCACUUACAUCAGAGCAGGACCCAUCAGCCAAGAGGAAUGCCUUCCUUAUGCUUUUCAACUGUGCUCAGGAUCGGGCAAUUAACUACCUUCUCACCCAUGUUGACAGUGUAACUGAGUGGGGAGAACCACUUCAGAUGGUUGUACUAGAGCUGAUCCGCAAAGUCUGCAGAACAAAUCUGGGAGAGAAGGGGAAAUAUAUAAAGAUCAUUAUUUCUCUGUUAAAUGCCCCAUCAACAGCUGUUAUUUAUGAAUGUGCUGGGACAUUGGUCUCUCUUUCAUCUGCACCAACAGCUAUCAGAGCUGCUGCGAACACCUACUGCCAACUUUUGCUUUCUCAGAGUGACAACAAUGUCAAACUUAUUGUUCUUGAUCGUCUGAAUGAGCUAAAAUCUUCUCACAGAGAUAUCAUGGUUGAGAUGACCAUGGAUAUACUUAGGGCACUCUCAAGCCCGAACCUUGACAUCCGUAGGAAAACAAUUGACAUUGCUCUUGAACUGAUAACUCCAAGGAAUAUUGAUGAGGUUGUUCUUACAUUGAAAAAGGAAGUUGUAAAGACUCAGAGUUCAGAGCUUGAGAAGAAUGGAGAGUACAGACAAAUGCUUGUUCAAGCCAUACAUUCUUGUGCAAUCAAGUUCCCAGAGGUUGCAAGCACAGUGGUCCAUCUGUUGAUGGAUUUCUUAGGGGACAGCAAUGUUGCUUCAGCUAUUGAUGUGGUUAUAUUUGUCCGGGAGAUAAUUGAAACGAAUCCAAAACUGAGAGUUUCGAUAAUAACCAGACUCUUGGACACUUUUUACCAGAUCCGUGCUGCACGUGUUUGUUCCUGUGCUCUCUGGAUCAUUGGAGAGUACUGUAUCUCACUUUCUGAAGUUGAGAGUGGGAUUGCAACCAUUAAGCAAUGUCUUGGAGACCUUCCAUUCUACACAGUUACAGAGGAAGGAGAGAUUGCAGAUAAUCAGAAGCAGUUUCAACAAGUAAAUUCUAUCACUGUAUCCUCUAGGAGACCAGCAAUUCUUGCAGAUGGGACCUAUGCAACACAAAGUGCUGCCUCAGAAACUUCUGUGACAACUUCCACCCUUCUUCCAGGGUCCUUGACCUCUUCUGGGAAUUUGAGAUCCUUAAUUCUUACAGGUGACUUUUUUCUAGGUGCAGUCAUGGCCUGCACUCUGACAAAACUUGUUCUAAGGUUGGAAGAGGUCCAGCCAACUAAAGUUGAAGUGAACAAAGCAACUACUCAGGCUUUAUUGACUAUGGUCUCAAUGCUGCAACUAGGACAGUCUUCAUUUCUAUCUCAUCCAAUAGACAAUGAUUCUUAUGACAGGAUCGUUCUUUGCAUAAGAUUGCUAUGCAAUACUGGUGAUGAGAUGAGGAAAAUAUGGUUGCAGUCAUGUCGUGAGAGUUUUGUUAAAAUGCUUGCAGAUAAGCAGUUCCGAGAAACAGAGGAGAUAAAAGCAAAGGCUCAGAUUUCUCAUGCACAACCAGAUGACCUAAUAGACUUCUACCAUUUGAAGAGCAGGAAGGGUAUGAGCCAGCUAGAAUUGGAAGAUGAAGUCCAGGAUGAUUUGAAACGUGCAACAGGAGAAUUCACUAAGGAUGGAGAUGAUGAGAAUAAGCUGAAUCGCAUUCUUCAGCUUACAGGAUUCAGUGAUCCUGUAUAUGCUGAAGCUUAUGUGACAGUCCAUCAUUAUGACAUUGUGCUUGAUGUUACAGUUAUCAACCGAACUAAGGAGACUCUCCAGAAUUUGUGUUUGGAGUUGGCCACCAUGGGUGAUCUUAAACUAGUUGAUCGCCCACAGAAUUAUACACUAGCUCCAGAAUCAAGUAAACAGAUAAGAGCCAACAUUAAGGUUUCUUCAACUGAAACAGGAGUUAUAUUUGGGAACAUUGUUUAUGAAACUUCAAAUGUGCUUGAGCGAACUGUUAUUGUCCUUAAUGACAUCCACAUUGAUAUAAUGGACUACAUAUCUCCUGCAACAUGCGCUGAUGUGGCAUUCAGAACUAUGUGGGCUGAGUUUGAGUGGGAAAACAAGGUGGCUGUAAACACUACAUUUGAAGAUGAGAAGGAUUUUUUGAAUCACAUCAUCAAAUCGACAAAUAUGAAAUGCCUCACUGCAUCGUCUGCACUGGAUGGAGCUUGUGGAUUCCUUGCUGCUAAUUUGUAUGCGAAGAGCGUUUUUGGGGAGGAUGCCCUAGUAAAUGUCAGUGUUGAGAAACAAGCAGAUGGAAAGCUGAGUGGAUACAUUCGGAUAAGGAGCAAGACCCAAGGGAUUGCCCUCAGUCUAGGGGACAAGAUCACUCUCAAGCAGAAGGGGGGUAGUUGAUGGAUAUGUACCUACCAACAUCUUCCCUUUUCUAUGUUGCUUUCAUUUGAUAUUCAACUUUUCUUGUUUCCCUCCACCAUUUUGCUGUAAUGUCUGCAGGUAUUUACAGUCGGAGUUGUAGGAUUAUUUUCGGCCUUUGUUUUCAUUACAUCUAGGGAGAGUAGGAAAGUAGUACCUAGGUAGCUAGAUUGUUUUUCUUUGGAUCUCUCUUCCAAUAGUAAAGUUUUAAACGAUAGUUUCUAUUAUGUCUGUAUUUCCCGUUAAGAUUGGGUUGACUUCAUUACAGAUAUCCAAAUUGUAACUAGUCAUUAUUAUUAAUCUUACUGUUUUCAGUUAUGGUUUCAAACUUUGA